CAUGCAGAGCCUGUUUUACGACAGCCUCAUUGAAUUCGUAUUGACCAAAAACUGUCAAUGUCAUUACAAUAAUAUAACAAAGCUGCAAAAUAAUGACAAGAGAAUAGUAAGAUCAUGUUUAAAAAGGAUCCUGAUAGUUUAAAUAUUUAGCUUGGUUAUAUUUUAGUUGACAAAAUUAUUUGUAGUGGAGAUUUGUUUCUCAUUGUUCGUUCGUUUAGUCACAGAUGAAGUAGGCCUUUGUCAGUCUUUGGGUUGAUCAUUUUAUUAAACUAUUUUGUUUGUGGUUAUGUUCAUUUUUGUCAAAUUCAAAGCACUAAAAUACGUAUUCUAACAGUCUAGGCUACUCGUUGAACGUUGCUAUGGUAUUUUAAUUAUUUAGUUGUUGCUCUUGGCCUGUUGCGUCGUGCGUUACUUAGAUACCGUCUGCAUAGUUGGCGAGCUUCGAACAGAACAGUCGGUGAAGACAAUAUCUGAACUCUAGAAUUUGGAUCAUGUAAGUAAAACAUGCAAAGUUUAAUACAUAACGAGACCUCUGUUAUGAAGUUAUGUACCCUACUGAGAAUUGUAUUGAGUUAUUUAAUGAGAUCUACAUUUCAUAAACUUAAAACACGAAUUUGUCGUGGAACUAUUUGUGAUUGUUACAUCAUCGUCCACUGGAGACUACACAAUUGCAAAAAAUUCAAUGCGGGUCUUAUGUCAUAAUACAUUUUUACGGACGUUAUACAUAUACAAAUGAAUAAACAUAGAUGCUUUGUUUUUGUCACCAAAUAUUGCAUAUGUCUCAUACCUACUUGAAAAAAAACUAUUGUUCUUGUUGCAGUCUUGGCAUGAUUGAUGCUGUGCUGUUUGUACGUCCUGUUGUUUGGAGAUCAAUAAAACCUGUCCAUCGGUCUAUCCAGUCGUUUGUCUGUCUAUCUAUCCGUCUGUCUGCCUGUCCCUCCGUCUGAAGAGAGCAUGGCCGCAUUCAGCACCAAGCCUGGGCUCAGGUACAGUGUGCCUGACUGGGACCAUGGCAACAGGCAGCUGUCUGAAACAGCGGAGCGACGGAGGCAGAGCUCACAGGACACACGCCAAGAGGGACGAAUGUUACGCAACGAGACCACCAGUAAGACUAGCUGGAACGAGAGUGACAGCUCCCGCAGGCUGACUGAGAGGGUGUGGGACAUUACCCGCUGGAGGGACACCCUGGAGGCCUCUGCACAGGAGCUGGACAGAGAGAUGGAUGCCCUUACGCUGUCGAAGGAGGAGAUGGAGAGGGCGCUGGCUGCCACCCUUGUGCCCCUCGAGGUCACCGUGGAGUGCAUGGUCCUGAGGGAGGGUCGCCGGGGCAACGAGCUCCUUAGCGACCCCGUGGAGGCCCAGCUGAAGAAGGAGGUGGAUGUGAUAGAGAGGGCGCAGCACGCGCUGCAGCAGGGCAUCGACUCCAGCUUCACCCAGCUGUGUCUCCUACAAGAGGCUCGACACCAGGUGACCAAUGACCUUGAGAACAAGAUGGACGCCCAGGGCAUUGACACAACCUGCCUGAAGCUCACCAUGGACUCUCCUGAAAUCUCCCUGAAGCCCAACCCCACCCGCAUACCCAUCAGUUCCUCUACUCCUCAGCAGUGGGAGCAGUUCAGCCAGCACAACAUGAGCAGAGCCCAGCAGGAGAUGCAGGUGUCACUGCAGCUGAGAGAGGAGACACGACUCAGCAGACUCCAGAUACAGAAUGAGCUGCAAUCCCAGCGCAUCGCUACAGAGUUCUCCAUCCGCAAACGCACACACCAGCUGCAGCAGGCCCACGAUGAGCGGAAAUGGCAGUUACAAAGCACACAGGAGGAGAUCAGUCAGCUGGAGAAAGACAUCCUGGGGUUGGAGGGCGACCUGCAAGCCAAGACGGCACCGUUAAAGUUGGCCCACACCCGACUGGAACACAGAACCGAGAGACCGGGAAUGGACCUGUGCAGGGAUGAGGUUCAGUAUGGACUUAUGGAAGAGGUGAAACAGCUGGAAGGGACCAUCCAGGCUUUAAAACAGAAGCUUGCUGAAGCACAACACUCCCUCCAGAACCUGCAGCUCCACGAGGCUCGCAUGCAGGAGGAUCUGUCUCGGAAGCAGGAGGCCAUCUCCCUGGAGCGGAGCAGUCUGGAGACACGUGGACGUCUCAGCUCCAUCCACACCUCCGGCCCCAUGGCUGUAGUCCCCCUCACCAACUCCAGUGGGAGACACAACCUGAUGGACAGUCUCACAUCUUAGCCUGCCUCCCCUUCAGCAUUACUUAACUGUAAUCUUUGACUUUUCGUGUUUGAUUUGUGAUUGACUUUUAUUUACAGGCAGGCUAACCUUCUACUUUUAUUUACAGGCAGGCUAACCUUCUACUAUUAUCAUCUGGUGGUGUUUCUCCUUUGUGUUGAGGGUAUAGGAAACGACUGUUGACAGUGUUGGUCAGUUUGUUUUUAGCACGUCUUUCCGUAUUAUGUAGCUACACGACGUAAAACAUUAAUCACUGAAGAUGAGAGCAUGUGACAAACAGUACUAUUACUAUAAAACUGACACACUGAUAAAAACACAGACAUAUGGUUCCUCCAAGUGAUCCUUUUUGGAAACAUUCAAUUGACGCAGUUUUUCUUUUAUU